GAGACAGUCCAUUAAGUGAAGUGUCUCUCAUAUUAUAGUAUAGUAAAGGUAUGGCAAUUGUGAUACAAGUGAUGAACUGAUGAUAUCACUGAUGCAGAGCUGCACAGAAGCGAUGCUAACACUCAACCAAUCGAUUAAUUUCAACAAAAACACUAUAUUUGAGUCAAAAGGAAUUUAUUGGUAUUCAGAUCAGCAAUGCUUUGAUCAAUGAUUUAUAAUACAAAACAACUGAUAUGUAGGCAAUAUGAAUGAAUCGAAAUUAAACAAUAAAAUAAAUAAUUUAAAUAAAUUUAAUGAUACAAAGAAUGAGGAAAAAGAAGAAUAUGUGAGUAAUUAUAUGACAACUCAUCCAACAUUUGCCAGAGAAUGGCUUAUGAAGAACUUAACUCAAGAUAUUGUAGAGGAAUGGGUCUCAAGAGUUGAUUCACAUAUAAGUGUUUCGUGCGAUAAGAAAUUAUUAGAGAAUUGUCAGAAAAUAAGUACAAAUACAAUACAAACAACAAAUGAAGAAGAAUUGUUGACCGCAUCCUAUGCUGAGAUGACCAGAGAAGGCAGGAAUUCUGUUACUUCAGACCUCUUUCAUCAAAUUAUUGAUAACACUCCCAGAAAAAACAGAUCUCUUAUUAGCACAGAUACUAAUAUUACAAGAAAUCAAUUAGAAGACAAACUACAAGAUAUGGAUGAAGUGGACUUAUUUAUGAAACUAAUAAGUGAUAUAACAAAUGAAUUAGAUAUCAAUACAUUAUGCCAUAAAAUAUUAGUUAACGUUAGUAUAUUAACAAAGAGCGAUAGAGGAUCUCUAUUUCUGGCCAAAGGUAGUCGUGAUGUUCGCUAUUUAGAGGCAAAACUAUUUGAUGUCACUCCCGAUAGUCUACUUUGUGAUGCCCUUAAUGCUGCCCAACAACACACUAAAAUUCAUUUACCAUUUGGACAGGGAAUCGCUGGACACGUUGCUCUCACUAAAGAAAAUGUUAAUAUUAUAGACGCUUAUCAGGACACUCGAUUUAAUAAAGAGAUGGACUUUCGUACCGGUUAUCAUACAAAAGCUAUCAUGUGUCAGCCUAUACUUAAUUUUACCGGUGAUGUGAUAGGUGUGGCUCAAUGUAUCAAUAAAACUAAAGAUUGUUUACAACAAUCAUUUACCAAAAGAGAUGAACAGGUAUUUAAAAAAUAUUUGACAUUUUGUGGUAUUGGUCUACAAAACGCACAGUUAUUUGAGAUGUCUGUCUCUGAAUAUAAAAGAAAUCAAUUAUUAUUAUCAUUGGCCGGAUCUAUAUUUGAAGAAACGUCAUCAUUAGAUACAUUGAUUAAUAAGAUUAUGUUGAAAGCACAGGGACUUCUCCAAAGUGAUAAAUGUCGGGUCUAUUUGGUUGACAUUGAAGGACAACAAUUUCAGGAAGAGUAUAGUGAAACAAUUGGAAUACAUAUAAAUAAAAUUGACCAUGAUCAUCAUUAUAAACAUUCACAAUCUGAGGAUAUAAUGUUUUCAACCAUUUUUGAAUUACAAAUAAGAAAUAAUAAAAUAAUUAAGCUAUCAGGAAUAAAUGAUGUCAAUUGUAAGAUAGAUGUCCAACACAUACAAUAUGCUCUACAAGUAGCCGCUGGAGGAAUAACUUACAAAUGUAGCGAAAAAUAUGGUAAAUUUAUUAGUCACGAUAAUUCUCAGAAUAUUGAAAAACCCGGAAUGGUUUGCGAUAACGAUUGUGUGCUUUCGGUCCCAAUAUUUAAUAACGACUCUAAAGUCAUAGGCGUCGCACAGUUAGUCAAAAUCAAAGGAUACCAAUUCAAUGAAAUGGAUAUUUCAACACUUGAGGCCUUUUCAAUAUUUUGUGGUUUUGGUAUUCAUAAUUCAUGUCUUUAUGAAAAAGCUCUUAAAUUAACGGCUAAACAGAAAGUAGCGCUCGAAGUGCUGUCAUAUCACGCCUCGGCUUCAAUUGAAGAAACAGAUAAACUUAUGAAUUUGAUGAUUCCUGACUGCGAUACCUAUCAGUUAUAUUCAUUUGAAUUCUCAGACUUCAGUCUCGAUGAAAGAGACACCUGUUUGGCCACUCUUAGGAUGUUUUUAGACUUACAACUUAUUAAUACAUUUAAAAUACCUUAUCAGGUAUUGUGUCGAUGGAUAUUAAGUGUAAAAAAGAACUAUAGACCGGUUAUUUAUCAUAAUUGGAGACAUGCAUUGAAUGUAACCCAAACAAUGUUUGCAAUAUUAAGGACCGGAAAUUUAUAUUACAUAAUGAAUGACAUCGAAAAAUUAGGUCUUAUAGUGGCAUCACUUUGUCAUGACUUAGAUCAUAGGGGAACAAACAACUCAUACCAUACUAAAACUGGAUCAGCUUUGGCAACACUAUAUGGCACCAGUAUUAUGGAGAACCAUCACUUCAACCAUUGUAUUCUCAUUCUUAAUACUGAAGGAAAUAAUAUUUUUCAAUCGCUUUCACCCGAAGAAUACAGAGAUGUGAUUCAUAUAAUAGAAUCAUGUAUUUUGUCAACUGAUUUGGACCAAUAUUUUCAAAAAAAAGAUAAAUUUGAAGAAUUAGUUAAAAAUGAUGAAAAAGAUUGGAGUAAUGUUUAUGUAAAAGAGAUAUUGAGGGGUAUUUUGAUGACAGCCUGUGAUAUAAGUGCAACAUUCAAGCCGUGGGACAUACAGAAAAAAGUGGCUGAAUUGGUAGCUCAUGAGUUCUUUGAACAAGGUGAUCUUGAAAGACAACAACUCAAUCAAAUGCCUAGUGCUAUGAUGGACAGGGAGAAAAAACAUGAAUUGCCAAUCAUGCAGGUCGCUUUUAUUGAGCUUAUAUGCCUUCCCCUUUAUAAGAAUCUGUCUGAAUGUUGGCCAUCACUGAGUAUACUAUAUGAGGGAUGUCUUAAUAAUAGAGAUAACUGGAAACAAUUUUCUCAAAUAAAUACAUUAACAUGUUGCGAUAAACAGUGA